CCGCGCCGCGCACAGGGAGCCGGGCGCCCGCGAGCACAGAGACUCGAGGCUCCGCUCGCCGCCCGGACUGGACCCGACCCGACCCAGCCGCGCGCCUAUGGACCUGUCCCGGGGCCUCGUGGUGGCCUGGGCGCUCAGCCUGUGGCCAGGAUUCACAGACACCUUCAACAUGGACACCAGGAGGCCGCGGGUCAUCCUGGGCCCCAAGGCCGCCUUCUUUGGCUACACGGUACAGCAGCAUGACAUCGGUGGCAAGAAGUGGCUGGUUGUGGGUGCCCCACUGGAAACCAAUGGUCACCAGAAGACAGGAGACAUUUACAAGUGUCCUGUGAUCCAGGGCAACUGCACCAAACUCAACCUUGGAAGGGUCACCCUGUCCAACGUGUCAGAGCGCAAGGACAACAUGCGUCUGGGCCUCAGCCUCGCCACCAACCCCAAGGACAACAGCUUCCUGGCCUGCAGCCCACUCUGGUCUCACGAGUGCGGAAGCUCCUACUACACCACGGGGAUGUGCUCACGAGUCAACGCCAACUUCCGGUUCUCCAAGACCGUGGCCCCAGCCCUCCAGAGGUGCCAGACCUACAUGGACAUCGUCAUUGUCCUGGAUGGCUCCAACAGCAUCUACCCCUGGGUGGAGGUCCAGCACUUCCUCAUCAACAUCCUGAAGAAGUUCUACAUCGGCCCAGGGCAGAUCCAGGUUGGAGUUGUGCAGUAUGGAGAAGAUGUGGUCCACGAGUUUCACCUCAAUGACUACAGGUCUGUCAAGGAUGUGGUAGAAGCUGCCAGUCACAUAGAGCAGAGAGGAGGAACUGAGACCCGGACAGCAUUUGGCAUUGAAUUUGCUCGCUCCGAGGCCUUUCAGAAAGGCGGCAGGAAAGGUGCCAAGAAGGUGAUGAUUGUCAUCACGGAUGGGGAGUCCCAUGACAGCCCCGACCUGGAGAGGGUGAUCCAGCAGAGCGAGAGGGACAACGUGACGAGAUAUGCGGUGGCUGUCCUGGGCUACUACAACCGUAGGGGCAUCAACCCAGAAACUUUUCUAAAUGAAAUCAAAUACAUCGCCAGCGACCCGGAUGACAAGCACUUCUUCAAUGUCACCGAUGAGGCAGCCCUGAAGGACAUCGUGGAUGCCCUGGGGGAAAGGAUCUUCAGCCUAGAAGGCACCAACAAGAAUGAAACCUCCUUUGGGCUAGAGAUGUCCCAGACGGGCUUCUCCUCGCAUGUGGUGGAGGACGGAGUCCUGCUGGGUGCUGUGGGUGCCUAUGACUGGACCGGGGCUGUGCUGAAGGAAACGAGCGGCGGCAAGGUGAUCCCUCUGCGCGAGUCUUACCUGAAGGAGUUCCCCGAGGAGCUCAAGAACCACGGCGCAUACUUGGGGUACACGGUGACGUCGGUCGUGUCCUCCAGGCAGGGGCGGGUGUACGUGGCUGGAGCCCCCCGGUUCAACCACACAGGCAAAAUCAUCCUGUUCACCAUGCACAACAACCGGAGCCUCACCAUCCACCAGGCUCUGCGGGGAGAGCAGAUCGGCUCCUACUUCGGGAGCGAGAUCACCUCCGUGGAUGUGGAUGACGACGGGGUGACCGACGUGCUGCUGGUGGGGGCGCCCAUGUACUUCAGCGAGGGCCGCGAGCGGGGCAGGGUGUACGUGUACCAGCUGAGACAGAGCCGGUUCGUUUACAACGGGACGCUGCGGGACUCCCACGGGUACCAGAACGCGCGGUUCGGGGCCUGCAUCGCCGCAGUCCGGGACCUCAAUCAGGACUCCUACAACGACGUAGUGGUGGGCGCCCCGCUGGAGGACGGCCACCAGGGAGCCAUCUACGUGUUCCGCGGCGCCCCGGGCGGCAUCCUGAAGACGCCGUCGCAGAAAAUUAUAGCUUCCAUGCUGGCUCCUGGCCUCCAGUACUUUGGCUGCAGUAUCCAUGGGCAGCUGGACCUCAAUGAGGAUGGGCUGGUGGACCUGGCUGUGGGUGCCCUGGGCAGCACUGUGAUUCUGUGGGCCCGGCCUGUGGUCCAGAUCAAUGCCAGCCUCCGCUUCGAGCCACCCAGGAUCAACAUCUUCCACAAGGACUGCAAGCGCAGCGGCAGGGAUGCCACCUGCCUGGCCGCCUUCCUCUGCUUCACACCCGUCUUCCUGGCCCCCUAUUUCCAGACGGCAGAUGUGGGCAUCAGGUACAAUGCCACCAUGGACGAGAGGCGCUACAUGCCUCGGGCGCACCUGGACGAGGGCAGCGACCAGUUCACUAACAGGGCAGCGCUGCUGUCCGCCGGCCAGGAGCACUGCCAGCGGCUCAGCUUCCACGUCCUGGACACUGCUGACUACGUGAAGCCAGUGGCCUUCUCAGUUGAGUAUUCCCUGGAGGACCCUGAGAAUGGCCCCGUGCUGGAUGAUGGCUGGCCCACCACUCUCAGAGUUUCGGUGCCCUUCUGGAAUGGCUGCAAUGAGGACGAGCACUGCAUCCCUGACCUGCUGCUGGAUGCCCGCAGCGACCUGCCCACUGCCCUGGAGUACUGCCAGAGGGUACUGAGGAAGCCCACGCAGCACUGCUCGGCCUACACGCUGUCCUUUGACACCACGGUUUUCAUCAUAGAGAGCACGCGUCGGCGGGUGGCCGUAGAGGCCACACUGGGGAACAGGGGCGAGAACGCCUACAGCGCUGUGCUGAACAUCUCCCAGUCCCCUAACCUGCAGUUUGCCAGCCUGGUCCAGAGGGAUGACUUGGACAACAGCAUCGAGUGCGUGAAUGAGGAGCGUGGGCUGCACAAGAGAGUCUGCAACGUCAGCUACCCCUUCUUCAGGGCCCAGGCCCAGGUGGCUUUCCGGCUAGAGUUCGAGUUCAGCAAGUCUGUCUUCCUGAACUACCUGGAGAUCCAGCUCAGCUCCGGCAGUGACAGCGAUGAGCAGGACAGCACCAAGGAAGACAACACAGCCCUCCUGCGCUUCCACCUCAAGUACGAGGCAGACGUGCUCUUCACCAGGAGCAGCAGCUUGAGCCACUACGAGGUCAAGGCCAACAGCUCCCUGGAGAGCUACGGCGGCCUUGGGCCUCCCUUCCACUGUGUCUUUAAGGUCCAGAACCUGGGCUUCUUCCCCAUCCAUGGUGUGACCAUGAAGAUCACCAUUCCUGUGGCCACCAGGGGCGGCAAUCGCCUGCUGGUGCUGAGGGACUUCUUCACUGACCAGGUGAACACAUCCUGUAACAUCUGGGGGAACACCACCGAGUACCGGGCCACCCCGAUGGACGAAGACUUGAGUCAGACCCUGCGGCUGAACCACAGCAACGCAGACGUGGUCUCCAUCAACUGCCAUGUGCGGCUGGCCCCCAACCAGGAGCUCAGCUUCCACCUGCUGGGGAACCUGUGGCUGAGGUCCCUGAAGGCACUCAAGUUCAGGUCCCUGAAGAUCACGAUGAACUCGGCCCUGCAGAGGCAGUUCCACAGCCCUUUCAUUUUCCGGGAGGAGGACCCCAGCCGCCAGGUCACCUUUGACAUCUCCAAGCAGGAGGACUCACAGGUCUCCAUCUGGAUCAUCCUGGGCAGCACACUAGGGGGCCUCCUCCUGUUUGCCCUGCUGGUUCUGGCUCUGUGGAAGCUGGGCUUCUUUAAAAGUGCCAAGCGCAAGAGAGAGCCUGGCGCAGACCCCAGGCCCAAAGUGCUAGAGUGAGGCACCGGCAGAGGUGUGGAGUUGACAGGGCCACCACGGUCCAGACGGGAUGCAGGCCCAGGCCCACGGCCCCACCGAGCUGGAGCAGAGAGGACGCCGCUGGCUUUGCACUUGACCUCGACUCCCAAGCGCGGUGCCUCCGCCCUCUGGGAUGGAACUUAAGCAGGGCACUGCCCACCUUAGGAGGGUACUGCACCCCAGAUACCAAGGUACCGGCACUCUGCAGGCAGCCCGUCUCUGGAGCAGCCAGGAGCAGGACUGUAAAUACAAACCGCCCUGCACCUCCACCUGAGAGCCACACUGGCCCAGGUCACACCAGCCUCUCCCUGUAGACAGGCCCUUUAGAUGCUCCUGCCUGAGGCUGGGUUGGUCCAGCUGCAGGCCAAGAUGGAGACUCUGGGAAGUGAUGCCACAGGAGCAGGUGAGACCUGCUGCUCUGACCCUGUGGUGCCUGCCCUGGCUGCCGGCCAUCCCUCCCAGCUGCUUCCGUUCCUUGGUACCUCACUGUGGGCAACACAGUUCUCCUGGGCCUACGCAGACCCACCUGUCUCCUGCAGCCUGCCCGACCUUGCCAGCUGCUGGCACGGACUUCCUGGCCUGGCUGCACCCUAGUAGAGGUGAGGGCUGGGAGUCCCUCCUAGCAUCACCUCUGUGUGUACACACACACACACAUACACACACACACACAUGCAUGCACAUACUCCCCACCAGGGCAGGGAACUGCUCGGCACCACAGCAGAGGGGCCCUCUCUGCAAUGCACUGAAUCGGGCAGGACUGUACCCGUGCAGCCUGGUGGUAACCAUCACACCUGCCUGCAGAGGCCAUGAGACCUGGGCCACACUGGCACCCUGAGGCCCACAGGGAUGCAGGUGCCCUGUGGAGUACUGGUGCUUAACCCUUCUUUGAAGUAGAAAUGAAAGAGGGGCUUGUCAAAGGCAUCUGUCCCCCUGUACAUACGACCUUUACUGUCGUAAAUAUUUCUGAGAAAUUAAAAGUGUUUACAACCCA